AGUUAUCCUCUUUUGUCUUCGAUUACUGUAUUCAAACCACAACGCUGUGAAUGAUGUACAUCUCAACUAAGUCUGUAUUUAUUACAGUAGCCAUGUGGCUGCUACUCAUGGUGGGCUACGGACGAGUCGAUGCGGCGGAAGACUCAGCUGGAGGAGCACCAGUGAAUGACAAGUCGGGCGAGCUCGAUGGUGGUAUUCUCGUAUACAAUGACUUAGCUCAUCGUGAUGUCCUCUGCCGUUAUAUACAGAUUCCAGCGGAGGCGAGGCGAAUUCGUGCAACUGCGGCUGUGAUCGGUCUCACUGGAAAUCCGAAUUUAUUUUCGGGCUUUGAUGAACAGAAGUUACGCGAUAGAAUUUACAAGGAAGCGGCACCGACGAACCAGGGAGGAUACCAUAUGAUACACGACACAUACUUCGUUCCUAAGUCAUCGGAUGGGCGCUUUUAUCUUUGUGUGACAACCUUUGCUACACAGGGGACUGAUUUUGUGCUCACCGGAGUGGUCUCGAACGCUGCUGAGUUCGGUGUGGAACCAGUGAUGCCGUUGCUUAUGGAGUACCCUACAGUUCAGAGUGUCGAAGCAUUUGGCCGACAUCGGGAAGAUAGGGUGGUUCUGCCCAAUACUCCUCCUACUGAGGCGAGCGAUGGAGUGAUCCCCCCCAUCACUAUUACUGUCGCGCAGAUUGUGGGAGAGACGGACUUGAUGGUUCAUGCGUGCGGGAGUGAGCAGUCGUUGGCGGUAUCAGCCGUCGAUGGUCCAGACACGGUAACCAUCACAAAUGAUCAACUUUCGAGUGCCGGGUUGGGACCGGGUUCGGAGCUGUGUGUUGUGGUGAAGACGAAUAAACUGUUUGCCAGCGCGUCAACGUUCUGGUUGGUGGUCUCGCAGAAUCCGCAGGGACCUUUCGUUAUGCAGAGUCUUCCUAUGUAUGCUGUGAUACCGGGGAAGGGAUCACAACGGGUGAGGAGGUUCCGUACCUAUUUUAAUAAGGGUACUGAUCUCACAAUUACUGCCAACCCAGUAUCUGCCAAUGCUGUUAAGGAGGCGGCCAGCAGGCCUGGCGAACUACAGUCGGGAUCACUUCCACGCAUAGUAGCGGACACGACACCAACAGGGCAGACAUGGAGGGAUCACGGUGAUGGUCAUAUAGCCAUCGAUAAGUCCAGUCUGGAGGCUCAUAGUGGUCAAGGGGAAGUGGUGUAUGUAUCGGUUACUCCACCAACUGGAUGGCAUGAAAAUUCAGAGAUGCCCUUCGAGCUCACAGUCACUACCAGUAGCACCGUAAGAGACCUUCAGGACGGCAAGCCGACUACUGUAACCAUCAGCGACUCGCGGAAGUUCCGUGAUUUCCGAUACUGGGUGCCCAAGCAUGCUAGGAUUGUGCUCUCUAUAGUGGGAGAUUCGUCGAGAGAUGGUAGCGGUCUGGCGAUAUUCGCAGACACUACCAGAUAUAGUCACGACCCUAGAGGGUACACGUUUAACACUAUGGAGGGAUCGAAUGAGAUCUUUCUUACUAAUAUGAAGUACUAUGCACAGGCUCAUCCUGGCAAGGUGCAAUAUAUCAAUUGCGAUAUGGGAUAUAUAUACCUCACGGUGAAGAGCUGUGCUGUUGCUAACGGCAAAUGCGUGGAGGAUGCCUCUGUCCCGUCUACAUUCACUUUGACAGUAUCCAGCGAUUCAGGGUCGACCCACGUACAGGAUGGUGUGCCAAUACACGAGAAGGUUCAUAUGGCGAAGAAAUUUGUAUAUACGAAUCCUAUGUUGGAUAAGAGUGGGAAGAAAAAGAAGGAAGAAGGGGAGAAUAAUGGAGAUGUGGAUAACACUGAGACUGACUCAUCUGAGGCGUCUUCGAUACAUUUCAAUGAUCUGUUGGUGAAGGCGGCAGUGAAUGGUGGCAGGGGAUCGCUGAUGCUGAGCAAUGAUGAGAAUUUCGCGACAACACACAGGCGGAAGUGUAAAACUAUCAAGGGUGAUGGAUCGGCGCAGCUAGAGGAGAAUGCUAGCAAGGGAAAUGUUGCUGGCAAGUGGAUGCACGUUCGGGCGAAAUGCGAGGGCAAAUGCUCAUAUCGUCUCACGGGGGCCUUUUUCCUGAAGUCCAAUUCGUUGCGACUGAAUUAUAGACCGAUGACAGUUCCGUUGGAUGGGGGCAGCUUCAAAGACUGGAUGGUCGGGUACAAGGAUACUGAUCACUGGCUGCUGCAUACGGAGGUUAGAGGGCAGGAGGCUGAUGCUGUGAAGACCUGCAUAAAGGAUCAAUGCUGUACUGCGGGUACUUGUACAUUGUAUGGGUUCGGGAAGGAAAUUGCCAAGUUGGAGAAUAUGAAGAGUGACGCGAUAAGCUACGUUCAGCUGUGGGCGACGAAGUUGAGCUCCCCAGUGAUGGAUGAAUGGCUUGACGUCAGCAAGAGAGGCAGUAAUAUUUAUAGGCUCAAUACGAACUCCCUGGUAUCGUUUGAUGCUGAGAAGUCUAGCACGUUUAGCACGGGGGCGAAGGUGACUGUGGCGGAUUCACUUUUCGGAGACUAUCAAGUGUUGAGUGGAGAGAACUUGAUUGAUUGCUCUGGCAAUAAGAUGAAGUUUGUGAAGGUGGAGGGGGCGUCCCGGGUUCGAAUCCAUGCGCCGUUGAAUUUACAAGUCGGCGAGUGGGCGUAUAACCCACACUGGGUUAUGUGGGGCGGCAGUUCGCUCAAACAGAAUGUUCAUGUCGAGAGUUGCAACCUUGAACCGGCUGAUGUUCGUGUUAAUGGCACGAGUGUUGACAUGUCCUCUGCACAUAACUAUGCAGCUAAUGACGCCAACUCGUUGUUGCUCACUGCUGGAGACGCUACUGUGGCGUAUCGCGUGGGGCUGUUCAAUCAGGUUCCUAUACCACUCAGUGUUCACUCGACUCGACAGAGUCUGGAGUUUAUAGCGCCUCCUAAUGCACAGAACAGCUUGUACAGAGUUAUUUGCAGUCCUAAAUAUUCCUCUGCGAGUUCGUGUGCAUUGGAGCUCUCGGAAUCGACGCUUCACUCAGCAUGGACUGGUUGUAAGGGAGAUCGGAGAUGCUCUAUUGCUGUGCCUUCUGAAUGUCUGGUAGAGGGUUCUCGACUCAGCGUGGAAGCCCGUAAGGGUCCGAUCUAUGGUCUGUUCCAUCCGGCCACCAUGACUGGCGCUGGGGUUGCGGAUAGUGCAGCAGCAGCGGAUAGCUUGGGAGUGGUAGAGGAACUCCCCACAGGCAAACGGUGGAGUUGGACGUCCCUUUUCCUUCUCUCUGCGUUGGUGUAUAUGGUGGUUCGGUGUAUGUAUAAUAUGCACGUGUAUGGUGCGAGUGGGUUGGAGGCCUUACCCCACGCUGACGCGAUUAGACAUGCUUUGCUCAAUCUGCAGAGACUAAGGCUUUCCAAGAAGUUUGGUCAUUCCGAUAGUAGCAACCACAUGUUGGAGAUGGGCACCGAGAUGGAUUACCACGAUAUAGAAAGCAACCACGAGCACACCAAUACCGGAGGGUAUCGUCGUCACGAUGUUGGACAGCAGCUGACUAGCAGGCCUACUUCGACCUACGCUCCGCUACGUUAUGAUGAGUCUUUGUAGUGGUGGUAGGGUUUCUGAGGUU